AUGAAUCAAAAUUAAAGGAAAUUCGUUAGAUGUUUCAAUUGUAAUAUCAAACCUGCAACUAUAAAAUGUUUUGAUUGUAAUGAAAAUGAACCAACAAAAUUAUGUUAUCAUUGUGAUUCAGCUUUACAUAAUGAAAUAGAUCACUAAAAAUAAAUUAUUCCAUAUGAUCAAAUGGUUAUAAAUGAAGAAAGAACUAAAUCAGUCACUCCUGAAAAAUAACAGGAAACCACUCCUCAUUUGAGUUCCAUUUUACGAUCAAGAAUUAAAAAAAAUGAAGAAAAUACAAAUUAUUUUAACAAUGAUGAAUAGUUAAAUAAUAAUUAAAUUAAAUCUAUAGAACUUAAAUACAAAAUUAAAUUACAAGAGUAAGAGAAUACAAUUAAUUUAUUGAAAUAACAUAUUGACAAUAUAGAAAACAAACAUAAAGAAAAUUUAUCAAAAAUGAGAGAUUAAUUAAUUAAAGCAUAAGAUGAAAUAUUCAAAAAAUAAGAAGAACAAAUUAAUGAAAUUAAUAAAUUAAAAAAAUCCUAUGAUGACAAAAUAGCUUAAUAUAUCUCUUAAAUUGAUAGUGAAACAUAAUUUAAUAAUUCUCUAUAAUCCAAAUUAGAGGAAUUAAGGUAUUUUUUAUUAAUAUAUAUUUUCUAAGAAAUGUUCAUUAAAUUAAAUAAUAGGAAUCUUAAUAAACGAUUUCUCAAUUAAGAGCAGAAAUUGAAAGAAGAAAAUUCAGUGAAGAGUAAAUUUUAAUAGAUUCUGAAAAUCAAUAAAUUAAAAUGAAGAAAGAAUUUUAGUAAGAAUUUGAUAAAAACAUUACAAUAAUGAAAAAUGAUUGUGCUUUAUAGAUGGAAGAAUUUAAAUAAAAAUUAUUAGGAAAGACGGAAUAAAUUUAAUCUCUUCAAUAGUAAAUCUAAUAAUUGUAAAAUACACUUAAAGAAAUUGAAGUUGUAUGGUAAAAAAAAUUAUAAUAUGAAUAAUAAUAAUAUGAGGAAUUAAAGUAAUAGUUAAUUUAAAUAUUAGAAUAAAAUAUACAUAAAGUAAAGAUGAUUGUGAAGCAAUGAAGAAAGAAAUAAAAAAUUUAUAAUCAGAAAUAACUAUAUAUCAGAAAGAAAAUGAAUUAUUUUAGAAAGAAAAGUUAUCAUUAACUAAAUAAUUGAAUCAAUAAAUGGAAAAGAAUGAAAAAAUGGAUCGAUUUAUAUAUGGUUCUAAGAAAUCAUAAACAAAAAUAAAAAUCUGA